GGCGUUUGAGUGGCAAGUUGUUUGUUACAGCGAACACCAGCUGCUGCUGCGCCGGGCGCCGCGCUCCGCCGGGCGCUGUUUGCUUGUCCACCCCGUAGCUCGCUGCACCCAGCAGGUCCUCCCCAGGCCUCCUUUUUUUGCAACUUGCCAAGCUUCCUUUUUCUGGAUCGAAUACAAAUCAGCCCAGCACCGAGCUUCGGGCCCCCUUCCCUGGGCCGGUUGCCCCAAGGCUUGGGGCACGCAGGGGGCGGGGGCCACUGUUCGUCCCCGUCCCCCCCCCCCUCCGUCCCCCGCAACUCGGGCCAUCGCGGAUGAUCCGCUGUGGAGGACCCCUGUGCAGACGAUGGAACUGCACAUUCUGGAACACCGGCUGCAAGUUGCCAGCGUCGCCAAGGAGAGUAUCCCGCUCUUCACCUACGGCCUCAUCAAACUUGCCUUCCUGUCUUCCAAGACCAGGUGCAAGUUUUUCAGUCUGACAGAGACUCCUGAGGACUACACCAUCAUCGUAGAUGAAGAGGGCUUCCUUGAACUGCCCUCCUCUGAGCAUCUGAGUGUGGCUGAUGCCACUUGGCUGGCCCUGAACGUGGUGUCUGGUGGCGGCAGCUUCUCCAGCUCCCAGCCCAUCGGAGUGACAAAGAUUGCCAAGUCUGUCAUCGCCCCACUGGCUGACCAGAACAUCUCCGUGUUUAUGCUGUCCACCUAUCAGACUGACUUCAUCCUGGUGCGCGAGCGUGACCUGCCCUUUGUCACUCACACCUUGUCCUCGGAGUUCACCAUCCUUCGAGUUGUCAAUGGAGAAACAGUAGCGGCUGAGAAUCUCAGUAUCACCAAUGGCUUUGUGAAGCCCAAGAUGGUCAAGAGGCCAGUCAUCCACCCAUUAUCCAGCCCGAGCAACAGGUUCUGUGUCACCAGCCUGGACCCUGACACACUGCCUGCCGUCGCCACACUUCUCAUGGAUGUGAUGUUCUACUCCAACGGAGUGAAGGACCCCGUGGCUGCCAGUGACGACUGUGGCCACAUUCGCUUCUUCUCCUUCUCGCUCAUUGAGGGCUACAUCUCCCUGGUGAUGGAUGCUCGAACCCAGCAGAGGUUCCCGAGUCAUUUGCUAUUCACGAGUGCAUCUGGAGAGCUCUGGAAGAUGGUGCGGAUAGGAGGGCAACCCCUGGGAUUCGAUGAGUGUGGAAUUGUAGCCCAGAUCUCAGAGCCCUUAGCAGCUGCAGACAUCCCGGCAUAUUACAUCAGUACUUUCAAGUUCGACCAUGCAUUGGUUCCAGAAGAGAAUAUCAGUGGGGUUAUCCACGCCCUGAAGGUCAGUCAAGGAGGGAAACAUUAGAAAAAGCCCAUCUCUGGGCUCCUCCCUGCUGAAGCCCACCUGGGCCUUUCCUCCCACGAAGGUUAUUCUUGCAGUAUUUCCCUAUGGACUGAAAGAUUGGCCCCGGACCCUAAGGAAGGGGCCUCUGGGACACUCCCCUGAUUCCUGACUCCUCCAGACCUGGGCCCAAACCAAGGCCACCCCCACAGCCACCUCCAGCCUUCUAGAACC